AUGUUCGACGCAGUUUUCGCAGACUUCUGGAGCGACGACCCAAAUUUUUGGACAUUAUGGUGGUUUAAACCGGAUUGUAGUGAGUGUCAAGCCAGAGGCAAAUUUUGUAAAUUGAAAAACAAUGAUACUGAAGAUGCUACCCAAUGCUAUGACCCCCCGCCCAAACCUAUUAGUAAGAUACUUUACGCUGCAAUUGGUGAAGGAACUCACGGAGCAGUGUUCAAGGGUAAAGUCUCCAAGGAAAUUUCAGUUGCUGUAAAGAUACUCAGUAGCACGGAGGGAGAUGGAACGGAUUUCAUUAACAAAGUGGGAACCACGGCAAAAAUCCAUCAUGUGAACGUGGCUCGCAUGCUUGGUUUUUGUGCCGAUGGAUUUCACCGUGCCCUUGUUUAUGAUUUCUUCCCUAAUGGUUCUCUACGAAACUACAUAACUCCACCAGAUAAGGAGAGCUUCCUUGGCUGGCAGAGGCUACAACACAUUGCUCUUGGAAUAGCUAAAGGGAUUGGGUAUGUCCAUUCUGGCUGUAAUAGCCGUAUUCUACGCUUUGACAACAAUCCUUCUAAUGUGUUGUUAGAUGAUAACUUCAUUUCCAAGAUUAUUGAUUUUGAUUUAGCCAAAUUAUGUUCAAAAAAUCAGAAUACUGUCUCUAUUACAGCAGCUAAAGGAACUCUAGGCUACAUGGCACCUGAAGUUUUAUCUAGAAAUUUUGGAAAUACCCCACGCAAGCAGCAAGUUGUUGCUCGAUCAGCUACAGAAGUGGAAUACGGAAGCGUUGCUGAUGCAGUAGCUGAUGUGAUCUGGGUUAUGACAUUGCUUAAGGAAAUGAAGAUCACAAUUGUUGACACACCUACUAUUUGGUGUGACAAUUCAGGAGCUGUUGCAUUGGGCAAACUCAAUGUUGACUUCCUAGAGGAUUCUCGUCUUUUUCCUGAUGAGGAUAAUCAUGAGUAG